AUGCUGCCACUGACCCAAAAAGAUACAAGGAUCCCAAGGGGUCCCUUAGGUGGGAUCCGUGAAAAAUUCCAGAAUUGGCUUAGGCUCAUCUAUUCAGAUAAAAAUUCAAGGAAUUUGUUUCUUUUUUUGAUACUUAAUUUGUCCUUUGCUUUUGUUGAGCUGUUUUAUGGGAUUUGGACCAACAGCUUAGGUCUCAUUUCGGAUGCAUUCCAUAUGUUCUUUGACUGCACGGGGCUUGUUGCUGGCCUAGCAGCAUCCCUGGUGUCUAAAUGGAGAGCAAAUGAACGUUAUUCAUAUGGAUAUGCAAGAGCAGAGGUGCUAGCUGGUUUUGUAAAUGGCCUCUUUCUUUUGUUCAUUGCCUUCUUCAUCAUGAGUGAAGCUGUAGAAAGAGCCAUUGAGCCCCCAGAGGUAAAGCACGAGCGCCUCCUGCUGGUGUCGAUCCUCGGCUUCCUGGUCAACAUGGUCGGCAUAUACGCGUUCCACCACGGGCACGGGCACGGCCACGGCCACUCGCACGGCGGCCACGGCCACUCGCACAACCACGACCACGGCCACGGCCACACGCACGACGAGAUCGAGGCGCCGACGGGCGCCGGCUCGGCGAUCAUGCGCGGCGUGUUCCUCCACGUGCUGGCGGACACGCUCGGCUCCGUCGGCGUGAUAAUAUCCGCCAUCCUGAUGCGCACGUUCGGCUGGAUGCGGGCGGACCCGAUCUGCUCGAUGGCCAUCGCGCUGCUCAUCGCCGCCAGCGUGCUGCCCUGGGUGGUCGGACUCGCCGGCGUCCACGCCGUCCAGGAGCCCCACUUCUGGACGCUCUGCAGCGACGUCCACGUCGGCGCCAUCAAGCUGGAGGUGGCCCGCGAGGUGGACCCCCGCUACGUGACCGAGCAGGCGGCGAGGAUAUUCCGCGAGGCGGGCGUCAAACACCUCACCGUGCAGCUCGACUACUCACCCCUC